AUGCCAGCACCUUCCGGAUCCGCCUGGCUCCUGACACCAGUCGCCGCACCCACGGCUUGGGUGGCACCCGACGGAGGGCUCCUGUGGACGGAGCCGCCCAUGGUGCCUGUGCUGUCCCAACUGGUGGCCACGCCAGCGGGACCUGUCUGGGUGCCAAUCACCCAUCCCCCGGUCCAGCCACGGCCCGUGUGGGGCUCGCCAGGAUCGACAACCGGAGCAGGAACGGCUUCGGCAAGGCCCAGCCCUACGUCCCGCGUUGGUCAGCCCUUCCGCAGGGCUUUCGGGGGUCGCACUACGGGGCGCAGUGCUGCCCAUUCCGGCCGUAACCAGCCGCAAAGCCGACGGAGGUCCCGCCAGCCACAGGGCCCGUUUGCGUCGUACGAGCUGCAGGGCCCGAGCGUGCCGUACGAGCUGCAGGGUUCAAGCGCGCCGUACGAGCUGCAGGGCCCAAGCGCGCCUUACAUGCAGGGCCCAAGCGUGCCGUACGAGAUGCAGGGCCCAAGCGUGCCGUACGAGAUGCAGGGCCCAAGCGCGCCGUACGAGAUGCAGGGCCCAAGCGCGCCGUACGAGAUGCAGGGCCCAAGCGCGCCGUACGAGAUGCAGGGCCCAAGCGCGCUGUACGAGAUGCAGGGCCCAAGCGCGCUGUACGAGCCGCGGGGCCCUACAAGCCGUAGGGUCCAUCCGUAG